UCCCCUUCCUGCUGCGGGCCGCUCGAUUCUGCCCACCUACAAGAUGGCAGCCCUAAGUGCCAACAGAAUUGUGGCUGGUACUGGUCUGGACGGUAGCCGGGGGUCUGGAAGCGGCGGUCGCGGCCCGGCUGGUGCCGCAGUGAAGGUUCUUGAGUGCGGGGUCUGUGAAGAUGUAUUUUCUUUGCAAGGUGACAAAGUUCCCCGGCUGCUUUUGUGUGGCCAUACUGUCUGCCAUGAUUGUCUUACCCGGCUUCCCCUUCAUGGCAGAGCAGUUCGUUGUCCAUUUGAUCGACAAGUUACUGAACUAGGAGAUUCUGGUGUCUGGGGCUUGAAAAAAAAUUUUGCUUUGUUGGAGCUCUUGGAACGGUUGCAGAAUGGACCUGCCGGACAGUGUGGGACAACAGAAGAAGCCAUUGGUCUGUCUGGAGAGAGUAUCAUUCGUUGCGAUGAAGAUGAAGCCCAUGUUGCAUCUGUGUAUUGCACUGUUUGUGCCACUCACCUGUGCGCAGACUGCUCCCAGCUCACUCAUUCUACAAAGACACUAGCAAAACACAGGCGUGUUCCUCUUGCUGAUAAGCCUCAUGAGAAGACCAUGUGCUCCCAACACCAAGUGCAUGCUAUUGAGUUUGUUUGCUUAGAAGAGGGCUGCCAGGCGAGUCCUCUUAUGUGUUGUGUCUGCAAAGAAUAUGGAAAGCAUCAAGGUCAUAAGCAUUCUGUUUUGGAACCAGAAGCAAACCAGAUUCGUGCAUCCAUUUUAGACAUGGCUCACUGUAUAAGAACGUUCACAGAAGAAAUCUCAGAUUAUUCCAGAAAAUUAGUUGUAAUUGUUCAGCAUAUAGAAGGAGGAGAACAAAUAGUUGAAGAUGGAGUUGGAAUGGCCCAUACUGAACACGUUCCAGGGACUGCAGAGAAUGCACGCUCAUGUGUCCGAGCCUACUUUUCUGAUCUUCAUGAAACCCUUUGUCGUCAGGAAGAAAUGGCUCUUAGUGUUGUUGAUGCUCACGUGAGAGAGAAGUUGAUUUGGCUUAGGCAACAGCAAGAAGACAUGACCAUCCUCUUGUCAGAGGUUUCAACAGCUUGCCUCCAUUGUGAAAAGACUUUACAACAGGAUGACUGCAGAGUAGUAUUGGCCAAACAAGAAAUUACAAGAUUGCUAGAGACCUUACAGAAACAGCAGCAGCAGUUUACGGAACUUGCAGAUCACAUACAGCUGGAUGCUAGCAUACCUGUCACUUUUACAAAGGACAAUAGGGUACAUAUUGGACCAAAAAUGGAAAUUCGGGUUGUAACUCUGGGAUUAGAUGGAGCUGGCAAAACAACUAUUUUGUUUAAGUUAAAGCAAGAUGAAUUCAUGCAGCCAAUUCCAACAAUAGGUUUUAAUGUUGAAACAGUAGAAUACAAGAAUUUGAAGUUUACUAUUUGGGAUGUAGGAGGGAAACACAAAUUGAGACCAUUGUGGAAACACUAUUAUCUCAAUACACAAGCGGUGGUGUUUGUUGUUGAUAGCAGCCACAGAGACAGAGUCAGUGAAGCACACAGUGAACUUGCAAAGUUGUUAACAGAGAAGGAAUUGCGGGAUGCUUUACUCUUGAUCUUUGCUAAUAAACAGGAUGUAGCAGGUGCACUUUCAGUGGAGGAAAUCACAGAGCUGCUCAGUCUCCACAAACUCUGCUGUGGCCGUAGCUGGUAUAUUCAGGGUUGUGAUGCCCGAAGUGGUACAGGACUUUAUGAGGGACUGGACUGGCUUUCAAGGCAGUUAGUGGCUGCUGGUGUCCUUGAUGUGGCUUAAUAUUACAGCAGCUGCAAUUUAAAGUUGUGGUUUGUUUUGUUUGCACGAUUUAGGAUGUUAUAGCCAGGUCUGCUGCCUGAAGAGGGGACCUUAUUUAACUUGGUGGUUACAGAAAAAAUAUAAACCUUUAUCCAAGAUUGAAUAAUUGGUUCAUUAAAUGUGUGCCAUUACAGUGUUUUUGAAAUUUGAUAUAUUUAUAAAUAAUGGAAUGGGCUGGUUACAAGGGUGCCUUCAAAUUCUGCUUUUGUGAAACUAGGCUGUUUAACUUAAAAUUAUCCCCUGAUAAAAUAUGCAUUGGAGUUCAUCUAAUAAUUGUAACAAAGUUACAGUGCUUAACUGGUGUCAGAAAAAUUUUAAGAGGUAGAAACAC